AUGUCCACUCCUGGGAAGACUGGUCUGCGUCCCCCUGCCCCUAGCAACAAGAAGACCAACCAGGUGGGAAAGCCUAGCAGUCACGAUAAACCCGCGGACAAGAAACAAGGAGAAAAAGGCUCCAUCUUGGAGCUGUUCCCUCUGGUGACAGCCAAACCCAAGCAAGAGCGCAGACAGCAGACGACCACCACGGCCCCUGUGUUUAACACCAGCCACUUUGACAUAUAUGAAAACUCCUCCAUAUUCAGCUCCUUGCCUGCUUCAGAGGUAGACAGCAUGGGCAAUCCACGCUUUAUAGCUCCCCAUGUUAUCUACAAGACGGAUAAGAAGCCACAUGAGCCGUGCUCCAUCACCUCCUCCCUUGCUUACUUCCCCGAUGAGGAAGGCAGCGAUCAGAAUGUGACCGGUCCUCCCCGCCUACCUCCGUCCAACCUCACUGUGGUUACCGUGGAGGGCUGUCCAUCCUUUGUCAUUCUUGACUGGCAGAAAACCGACAACGAAACCAGAGAGUAUGAAGUUGUUUCCACCACUACGGGCCCGAAUGGAAGGGAGAUGUCAGUACUGACAACCAACCAGACACACACAGCCGUGGAGAAUCUCAAACCAGAGAGCAGUUAUGAAUUCAAAGUAACACCAAAGAAUGAGCUGGGAACUGGACCCUCCACUGAUCCUGUAACUUUUAGCACAGAGUCAGCGGACCCUCGAGUGAGCGAGUAUGUUUCAGGAAAAGAUGCCAUCUGGACUCAGUUUCCAUUUAAAGCUGACGCCUACUCUGAAUGCAGUGGAAAGCAGUACGUGAAGAGAACUUGGUAUCGCAAGUUUGUGGGCAUCCAGCUGUGCAACUCCUUAAGAUACAAGAUCUACCUGAGUGAAUCUCUCAAUGGGAAGUUUUACAACAUAGGGGAUCAGACGGGAUACGGCGAGGACCACUGUCAGUUUGUGGACUCCUUCCUGGAUGGCCGGACUGGCAGCCAUUUACUGGCUGACCAACUCCCAAGCAAACUGGGCUUCUACAGAGCACUGAGACAAGAGCCCGUUUCCUUUGGGGAAAUUGGAGGAAAGUCGCACACAACUUACGUGGGCUGGUAUGAGUGUGGCACACCCAUACCUGGAAAGUGGUAAGACCUCAAAGGACUGUCCAGGAAGAUGGACUUAGGAUGGACUAGGCGAUGAGGAAGAAGAUGGACAUCAAAGACGCCCGAGUGAACCCGAAGGGAGGUGGGCCGUCCCACCUGUAGAUGGCUCUGUCUGUUUGAAAUCACUCUCCCGUCCCAGACGUGAUCAUCUACAGGACUAUUAGGCGUCACAAAACUCUCUAGUGAAUUUAUCAAAAAUGUCCUUGCGGACAAAAGAAUGCAGGAGUUUGAGUGAUCCAAAAUGUUGAAUAUACAUUUAAUCACAAGAGAAAAUCUUGGGAAGCUGGCUCCCAAAGUGUAAUGACUUAUAUGAUAAUAUUUAUCAAGAAUAUUGAAUAUUAUGUGUCCUCUGGCUUUUGAGAUAAAGUACAAACAUGUUCCCAGUAUUUGCAUGUUAGUGAGCACACACAAAUACUGGUCAUGUGUAUACAGACAGGUGCCAAUCAUGUUAUUUGUACAGGUGGACUGUAAAAUACACAAACAUAUGCAGAAUUGACCUUCUGCUGGCCCUAAGGGAUUAUUAAGCAGUUGCAGUUUGCACAGUUUUAAAUUUCUCUUCAUAUAUGUAUAUGGUGUCAAAUACAGUUUAUCAAGUGUCCUACAGUUCGUGACACAUUUCAGGUGAAACACAGAACGGCUUUAGCCAAUUUGAUGUUGUAAGAAAGUCACUGGUUCAGUCCAGCAUUUCUAUGAGUAUUUAGGAACAAGACUUAAU